AUGUCAGUAAACAACAGCACUAUCGUUUCCUGCAUCAACAGGCACUAUGAAACGCUGUUGAAGAUGGGUUACAUAGACCUUUCGGACAUAAGCGUCCCGCCCAACGCCGGCUGGAGCGAUGAACAGCUCCACGUUGACGCCCUCCGGGCCAUGGGCCGCUCCGAAAAGGUCAUUGAUCUGCUGAGACUCAUUCCCUACCUCCGCGAAAAUGAGACGGCGGACUCUGUCGAGAUUUACCCCGAGACAUUCCAACUGCGUUACCUGCGCGACGGCCGCUGGUUCGGCACGGCUACGGAGGAGGAGUUUAGCAAUACGUCGAUGCUGGAUCUAGGCUUCGCGCCGUUUGACGGACCCGUACCGGCCGACAUGAUUUCGCUGACGCAUGCGGACGAAGGCGUUUGGUGGGUGAUUGACACCAACGAGAAUGUCAUCUACCCAUACGGCACCGAGUUUGAUAGCGAACACCAGGCACCAGAGGACCAGCCGUGGCGUGCUGUCGAGCCUGAGGAUGUUCUGUCCUACUUUAACCGUAUCAACCAUCAACUCGACAACUUGGAGGUUGUCCCCGCUCCCCGCUCGGGGAAGUGGGAUUCUAGGGUUGUCGAUGCUCAAACUGAAGAGGGCCAGCUCGUUUCGCGGUUGUACCGUGAGUUUGGCUGGCACAGUGGUGGCGGGUUCCGAAAGGAAGAGUUUCGCCAAGCUGUUGAGCAGCAGCGCGCGCCUCUUCUCGAUGCGGCACUUGGACAUGAUAGUGAUGACGAGGACGAGGAGAUGGCCGGUUAA